AUGACACCGCUUUUUGAGGCAGCUGGUGGUUACUCUGCUGCGGAUCAGAAAUCCCAAACCGAAUUCUUUAAGGCGCACAUCGCGGCUCAUCUCGGCCCCGUACCGGCCGAGCCCUACGAAGCCUACAACAUGCCUUACAUUCCUUCUCCCAUAGAAACCAGCAUCAACCUCACGACACGCGGCGCGCCCAAAGUCCGGUUCUGGACGAACCUCGGGAAGCCGCUCGACCGCAGCCACGCCGACCGUGGGGCUCCUGACAGAGACCGGGAGUCUCUGAUGCGCAUAACCCGGGCCAACGAUGGAGACACGAGAUGGAUGGAGUGCCUUAUGUCAUCGCUGUUCCCGUUGCCGGCACAACUGGACGAGCUGCGGGCUGCCACGGGCCCAGUAUGGCCUUACAGCUUGUUUUGCUUCGACCUAGAUGGGUCUCAGCGGACGAUGAGGGCGUACUUUCCUGUCGUUGUGACCUGUGUUGGCCGCUCUCGCACCGAAGUUUGUCUCGAGGCCGCCCUGUCACUGCAACCUUGCGGUGCGGAUCUCAAGCCGUGUCUAGAUCUUGUGGCUGCAUAUCUCCGCGACAAUAGAUAUGAGGCCGGGCUUCACAUGCUCGGCGUCGACUGCGUCGAUCCACACAAAGCAAGGCUCAAAGUCUACAUGGACGUCAACAGCAACUCCUGGAAUGCGGUCCGCGAUGCGAUGACGCUUGGUGGACGGUUGACCGACGACCACACUCUGAGAGGCCUAGAGAUCCUGCAGUCCAUCUACCCGCUGAUGCGUGACGAGCCGGAAGGGCGAGACGACGACUGGUCGAAGCCGCCAACCAACCCGUUAGUAGCCUUUCCGGGACUGCAGUUCGGUAUCGAAAUUGUUGCUGGUCGAGCCGUUCCCGAGAUCAAGAUAUAUGCCCUGCUUCUCCAGUGGACCGACACGACUGAGAAAGCGGAGAAGAACAUGCACAGCAUGCUGCGGAAGUUGGGCCAUGAAUGGGGACACAAGGAGCGGAUUACGCCAACGAGGCAGGCAGCAGUAGGUGAUGUGAUCCGCGGUCUGGGCGCCGUCAGUUUCUCCUACUCUCAGACGAAGGGCGCCUACGCGUCCUUUUACUUUGAUCCUCCAACUGACUAUGAUGAUCGUGCAAAAGCCGAGUUUAGGGGACUUGGCAAGGGCGGUCUCUGGUAA